GGCGUCCUAGGCGUGCUGGCGAGCCGAGGCGGAUGGCGCAAGGUUGGGCCGGCUUCUCUGAGGAGGAACUGAGGCGACUAAAGCAGACUAAAGUUCUGUAUGGUGAUCCUGGUGCACACCACUUGUGGGAGCUGACGCCAUUCGUAGUGCCAUAACUUAUACACUCUGGGAGAAAACUGAAUAAGCUCUACCAUGCCUUUAAUUAGAGUAUGUGAGAAGAUUGGAUGUUGCUCAGAUCCACAGCGGCGUCUUCUCCCUGUGAAGAAAACUCGACAGCAACUUCAGCGAGAAAAAGCCCUUCAAGAGCAAAGCCAAAAACUUGGACUUCAAGAUAAUUCAACCUCAUUACCUCCAGAACAGCUGCUUUCUGCACCGAAACAAAGAUUUAAUGCUCAGAGACCAUGUUCUUCUCCCCCCACUCCCCCUACACUCACCUCUCCUGUUGGUGAUGGAAAACCACAGGGUAUUGAAAGUCAACCAAGGGAACUGGGACUUAAGAAUUCCCAUGAAGAUUACAAAAAUGCUGAGGUUCUACCUCCAAAACCAGAUUGCAAAUUGGAAAAAAAGAAAGUGGAAUUGCAAGAAAAAUCUCGCUGGGAAGUCCUCCAACAAGAACAGCGGCUAAUGGAAGAGAAAAAUAAACGUAAGAAAGCUCUUUUGGCUAAAGCUAUUGCAGAAAGAUCUAAAAGAACUCAGGCAGAAACCAUGAAACUGAAGAGGAUCCAGAAAGAGUUACAGGCUUUAGAUGACAUGGUGUCAGCUGAUAUUGGAAUCCUCAGGAACCGGAUUGAUCAGGCCAGCCUUGACUAUUCAUAUGCUCGGAAGCGGUUUCACAGGGCUGAAGCAGAGUAUGUUACCGCAAAGCUAGAUCUACAGCGCAAGACUGAGCUGAAAGAGCAACUCACUGAACACCUUUGUACGAUCAUACAGCAAAAUGAGCUCCGCAAGGCCAAGAAGUUGGAGGAGUUGAUGCAACAACUGGAUGUGCAUGCCGAUGAGGAGACUUUGGAGCUCGAGGUGGAGGUGGAGAGACUGCUGCGUGAACAAGAAGCGGAAGCAGGGAAACAAGUGGUUCAUUUAGAGAGGCCGUUUCAGCCUUCUGGGGAGAGUAUGACCUUAGGGUGUGCUGAAGAGAACAAAAACCAUCAAGACCAGGCUGCUUCCCCAGAGGUAGACGAACAGUAUGGAAAAUCCAACAGCAUUGCCUUUCUUGAUCCAGACCAGCCAAAUCAAGAAGUUGAAACUACUGUAAAAGACAUUUCAGCUGCUCUGGUCACAUGAGGUGCCAGUGAUUGUUCUUUACAACUAAUAAGGUAUUCAGUAAAGUAGACUUUCUGUUGUAGGCUAUGCCAUGACCUUGGAUAAAUGCCUCUUCAAAACACUAUUAAUUUUUAAAUCCAUAAGUUUUAGUGUAACGUUUGAACAUUCUAGAAAAUCUCAGAUUAUGAAAUUUUUUAUAUGGGAGCAUAGUUCACCUUGAUUUUGAUCCAGUUCCUUUAUUAUAGCCUUAUUACUAGGUGAAAACAAGUAAUUUAAAGGGAUAGAAGAAAAAGGAUGUGGUUAAUAGUGCUUUUAGAUCAGGUGAAUACCAAAUAGUAAAGUGAAAAAUGAUACUCAAUACCUAAUUGAACUCAUUUAACUUCUCCUGGGAGAAAUGUUGAGAAUGAGAGUCCUAUUUUAUGUAAUCAGUAAAGAGACACAAAAGCUAACAUGUGAAAAAGAAAGAAUGAGAAACAACUAACAAAUGUAGUAGGGUGAAUUAUCUAUUCGAAUCUCACUACAGUUGUAAAAUACAACUUGGAAGUUGUAGUUUACAAAAAGAACCAGAAAACUUAAACCAACAUCACUUUUGUUUUCAAAUUGCCUUUUAAAUGGCUUUAUUUUACAACUAGUUUUUGAGUUUUGGCUAGUUGAUACACAUGCACACACACACACAUAUAUAUAUAAAUAUACCAUGGUAUAUAAAUAAUUUCACUAUUGAUAUAUUGUCUCUCCUUUAAUCGGCACAUUGAUUAAAUUUAGACAGUGAAAACCCUUCUACAGGCUGAAAAUAAUACAAAAAAUCUUAUUGCUACUUUUGAUUAUCUAAAAAAGGUGAUAUAUUUUCUUUCUUAAAGUUACCUGUAAGAUAUGUGUUUAAUAUGUUGGAUAUAAAUUAUCCUAUGAUAAAACAUUAAAAUUGUUGAAA